AUGGGCAAAGGAUUCCAGCCCAAGCUGGCUCCCACUGAGCGCCCGUGGACCUACACGCCCCCUCCUAGCGCGCGAUACGGCCUCGACAAGAUUCUUCGUCUGCCCGUUUUCCUCGUCCUCGGUAGCCUUGCCCAGUGCCUCCUCUCCCUCGUCCUACCCCCUCGCUGGGCCGUCGUGCCUCUCCUCUGCUACCUCGCCAUCUCCCUCGUCUCCCUCCUCCUCAACACCACCACCACCACCUCCACCUCCACCUCCACUGCUCUCCCGCGCAACGUCGUCCCCGGCCGCGCCGCCGCGCAGCUGCCCCUCCCCGACGGCAGCUUUCGCGCCUCUCCGGCAGAAGACUCGCUCGUCGUGUUCCACAUUGGCGCGCAGUUCAACCACCCCCUCGGCCCGCUCUGCCCCGGCGGCGGAGCGACCGCCGAGCGGUUCGACAAGCUGAUUGCGGAUCUGCGCGCGCGCGCCGCGGAGCUCGGGGUCCUUGCUGUCAGCGGCUGGCAGGGCGUGGUGGACGGUUCAUUCUCGACCAAGACGACCAUUUACUUUGAGGACGUGGCGAGCCUGCACGGCUUUGCGCAUGAGCCGAUGCACAGGGAGGCGUGGGACUGGUUCGCGGCGCAGCGGUUCCCGCAUCUGGGCGUGUAUCACGAGACGUUUGUGGUGCCGAGGCGGAGCUACGAGUGCGUGUACCUAAACUGCAAGCCGUUGCUGCUGGGCCAGGCGGCGAGGCUGGCGAGGGGAGGCGGCGAGAAGGGGGAGGCGGACAAGAGGUGGGUGAAUGCGCUGGUGAAUGCGGAUACGCCGGCGCUCAAGACGCAAUAUGCGAGGAUGGGGAGGGAUCGGAAUGGUCAGGUGGUUGAGGGGUGA